UUAUGCAUCUAUUACCACGAAAAUGUUAUUUUUUAUAAUUUUCUCAUCAAAAGUACCAUUUUAGAAAUGGAACUCCAAUGCAUAUAUAUUAUCUUGUUUCAUUCUUUGCCACGUCUCGGUGAUAAUUCGAACGGCAAUUUUUCGUGCAGUCCUCUAAUUGUACUCUCAAUUUGCAAGUCAAACAGCCGGAAGAGUACUAUAUUUACAAAGGCAUGAGAAAACAGCUUCGAUGACGUCACUGUUUAAAGGUCUGUCGUACUCUUCUGGCGCUAUUCAGUACUGUUUUAUUUCUGUUUAGGUAGACCGAUAGAAAGAAAGAGAAAGACAAAUCACGAGAUUCGAGAGGGAAAGAGGAGAUAUGCGAACAUCGAAAAGAAAAAUAGAUCGAAAUCCCUUGAUUUUUUCACUCGAUUGCGGCCAAUUAUAAAAUCAUGCAAGGCGAGAAUAUGGUAAAAGACUAUCGUCUCUUGGAAACAGGAAGGGGUUGGUUGUUUAUUUUACCAUUAAGUGAAAUUUCGCGUGAUCGAUAAAAGUCACUAAAAAUGACUGCAUACAAAAAUUAGGCGCAAUAAUAUUUUUAUACUGUAAAUUAUCUCUGCUAUUAAAUUAUACGACUUCCAUAAAAUCCGAUAAAUUAAUUAGAUAUCAUAACUCAAUGUUGAAAAAAAAAAAUUAAACAAGUUUCAUCAAGGAUUAUCUACUAAGCUAUAUAGCCUGAAAAUAACCGCAAUUAUUUUUAAUAUAAAAGAAUAAAAUUUUUAAAGUAAAUGCUUCUCCAAAGAAAGUCGUUUUACGUCCAGAUGCUAGAAUGGCAUUCAAAAGAUCUCAACGAAUCGAAGCACAAGUCGUGGAAGCUAUCCGCAGAUUACAAGCCAUACAAGGAUCAACUCCCCAAGAAAUUAGUAAUUACAUUGCUCAAGAAUAUAAUAUUCCUGGUUCUGAAAUCAGGCCACAUGUCCAACUUGCCCUCAAGAGAGGCGUAACUUAUGGAAUUCUUCAACGUUUAAAGGGAGGAUGCUACACGUACAAUCCAGACUUCCUCAACGGUCAAUGCAUAAGUGGUGGAGACGCAACGGUCGAGAUUCCUUGUAAAGGAAGAAGAAGAAGACGAGGACGUUCAAGAAGAAGAGGACGAAGACGUAGAACUGGAAGAUCUCGCCGUAGAUCUCGUCGUAGAAAAAUCUCGCGAAGAAGAAGAUCUUCCUCGAGGCGUAGACGACGUGGAAGGAGGAGAAGAAGGGAAGAAUUUCCGAAGGAAAUCGAUGGGCUGGACUUGACCAAACAACCGACGAAAAGCAGCAGCCUCUUAACGAAAGACAGUCCACAAAGCAACCAUUCGAUCUCUGAAAAUUCUGAAGGAAAGCAAGAAUAACCCUCCAACAAGAUAUCCAUUCUCUCUCCAUUUUACGAUCGAUUCAAGGUGCAAAGAUUGACUCAAGAAGAAGAAUAUAGAUGCAAGUAUAAAAUGCAUAUACAAUAUUUGCUUGAAUCCAUUUAAAUGCAUUUCCCUGUUUAAACACUUUUUUAUUGGAAUAUGAAAUUUUAUUUUCUUAUAGAAUAUUAAAUAUGUAAAAACGUAUGUUUAUAACAUACUCCUUGAAAACUUGCAUAAUAUUACACAUUAAUGCGAUCUUUGAUGACAUUAAAUUUCUUUUUACAGUAUAAUGAAAAUAUUUUGAAUUCAUCGACGGAGAAGACGAAUUAAAUAGAAAUUCUAAGAAGAUGAAAUAUCGAUCAUGCAUACAAAUUU